AUGGCUCCUCGCAUUCACAUCAAGCAACAACAGACCCGUUCCCAAUCAUGCCGACUGGACAUUCUGAUUGUCGGGGCUGGCCUGGCAGGACUUGGCUCCGCCAUUAGUUGUGCUCUCGCCGGACACUCCGUUCAUAUUCUGGAAGCUGCCCAGGAAAUAAAAGAAGUUGGCGCCGGUAUUCAGGUUCUUCCGAAUAGCUCGCGCGUUCUCCAGCAUUGGGGUCUGGAGAAGGCGUUGACCCCGCAUAUGACGGUUCCCAGUGUGUGUAAUUUUCUUGGAUGGAAGGGAAACAAAAUCUCCCACUUGGACUUUCACGAAUCCGAGAGCAAUUAUCCCGGGACAUGGUAUCGGGAUUUUCACCGUGCUGAUCUCCAGCGGUGUCUGGUUGACCGAGCUCUGGAGCUUGGGGUACGGAUGACCUGCAAUGCACGCAUCGGAACCGUUCAUGUAAGCGACGACGGGGCCACAGCGGCAGUGGUGGCAGCGGAUGGUAGGCAGUGGGAAGGAGAUUUAGUGAUCGGAGCCGACGGCGUGUUUGGAAAGCUGACGGAGGAGCUGCUUGGGCGCAGCGAUCCGCCAGUCAAAACGGGAGAUCUCGCAUAUCGUCUGUUGUUGUCCACGGAGGAGAUGCGAAAAGACCCAGAACUGGCACCGUUUGUGAACCGUCCACAGGUCAAUUAUUGGCUGGGCCCAGAUGCUCAUGCUGUGAAUUACGUACUUCGGGGCGGCGAUCUAUUCAACAUGGUCUUGCUUGUGCCAGAUGAUAUCCCCGAGGAUUCCCUCGCAUCGACGAUCGAAGGCAAUGUGGAGGAGAUGUGCGCCUUGUUUCAAGGCUGGGACCCCCGGCUCUGCCAGUCGGUGCAAAAAUGGAGGCUUUGCAUUCGCUUUGGGGAGUUCGAUUGGUCUCAUCCCUCCGGUUCCUGGAUCAUGCUGGGCGAUGCUGUGCAUGCGACCUUGCCGUAUCUAGCUUCAGGGGCCGGGAUGGCCUUUGAAGACGGUGCCGUUCUCGGGGAAUGUUUAUCUCGCCUCCCCGACCGUCCCGAUAUCGCGAAGACGUCGCCCGAGUUCCUCGAUGCCAAAAGGCACGCCCUGUCCGUUUUCCAACGGUGUCGCAAGGAGCGUACAUCGAUGGUCGUAGAUCGAGGAAACAUCCAACAAUAUCUCUACCACCUGCACGACGGGGCCGAACAGCAGGAACGGGACCGCAAGAUGCAGAUGACACCCACGCUGAAGGCGAGGCUUUGGCUUGGAGAGAUCCAGGCUUGGCGCCGAAACUAUUGGGAUAUGAUCAUAUUGCGGAUGUCUCUCCUAAAGAUGUGGCAAUUCUUGGGCUUCUCACCCAAGCAACCGGAGAAAGAGCCUCCACGGGGAAUUCCUGCAUCAUGGUAUCGCUCUGAGGAGAUGUAUCAGCUGGAACGCCGAGCUAUCUUCUCCAAGCGCUGGCUGCUCCUCACCCAUUCAAGCCGGUUCAACCAACAAGGCGACUUCCUCUCCUUCACCGUGGCAAACUUCUCCUUCUUCCUGGUCCGAGACCGUGACGGUCACAUCAAUGGGUUCCACAACAUCUGUCGGCACCGCGCAUUCCCCGUCGUUCAAAGUCGUUCGGGGUCGACCUCCAUUCUGAGCUGCAAGUAUCAUGGGUGGUCCUACGGGCUCAAGGGAAACCUCGCCAAGGCACCGCGCUUCGAAACGGUGCCAGAAUUCGACAAAAGCCAGCACGGGUUGCUUCCCGUCCAUGUUCAUAUCGACAAGGCCGGCUUCGUUUGGGUGAAUCUCCAGGCGGGCUCACCGGAUGUCAGAUGGGAGGACGAGUUCCGGAACAUCGACGAGCAGCCACGGAUGCAGGAUUUCGAUUUUGCCGGGGAAUACACAUUCGACCACUACUGGGAAAUGGACUUGGAUGCAAACUGGAAGGGAGUGAUUGAGAACUACAACGAGUGUUAUCAUUGUGCCACUUCUCAUCCGCUCAUCAGUGGGGUGUCGGAUCUGCCUCGCUAUCGCGUGGAGCCCACGGCGGGAUACAUGGAGCAUCACAUCUUCAACAAGGAACAGAUCGAUGCCCAGUUUAAACGGGCCAUUACUUAUUUCUUCCCAACCACCUCAGUCACCGUCACUGACAAAUUCUUCUAUAUCCAACGCAUGAUCCCGAUCUCUGCAACCAAGAGUAAGAUUGAGAACGAAGUAUAUCGUCAUCAAGAUGCGACAGACAAGGAAUUCGAUGACAUCAACGCCUUUUAUCGACAGGUGCUUGACGAGGAUAAGGAGUUGUGCGAGGGCGCACAGGGCAAUCUGGAUGGGGGAGUCUUUGUCAACGGCGAGCUUCACCCGGACAAGGAACAGGGCCCGAUCUAUUUCCAGAAGAGUGUGAAGGAGAUGCUCGUGGAGCACCGAAAGAAGGAAGAGCAACAAGGCGGACACGAAAUAUGGCCUGCCCUUCCGAAACAACCUGAAAGCUGGACUGAGAAGUUGGCUGACGAAGAGCGAUUCUGUUCACAAUUAGAGGCCGCCACUUGCAUGAACCGGCCGGAACUGACAUGGUGA